AGCAAAGUACCUUACCUUGGCUACUGCAAGUGUCGCAAAACUUCUUUGCAUAAAAUUCUUUGUUUCAUUCAGACACACGCAUGUAUUAAAGAACUUAGAUGUAGGUACAAACAAGUACUUGAAGAGCCAACCAAAAUUUUUUUCAACCUACUGGGGUCCCUUUAGUCAACAUGGCUGCUCUACUUGACAAUUCCACCAGUUUCUACGAUUACUUGUUUGAAGAAAUUUCAGAUCCCAGAGUGAAAGAUUGGCUCUUGAUGAAAAACCCUUCUGGAAUAUUGACAAUAGUGGCAGCCUAUCUAUAUUUCGUAUUUAUAUUCGGACCAAAGUAUAUGAAAAACAGGGAACCUUUCAAGCUGACAUACAUCCUGGUUCCUUACAACUUCUUGCAAAUGUUACUCAGUGCAUAUAUUAUGUUUGAACAUUUAGACAGUUCUUGGUUGAGGCAUUACAGUUGGAAAUGCCAACCUGUGGAUUAUUCCUGGACUCCUCAUGCCAUGAGGGUUGCUAGAGGGGUUCAUCUGUACCAUCUAGCGAAAGUCAGCGAAUUGUUGGACACAGUAUUCUUCGUUUUUAGGAAAAAAAAUGAGCAAAUUACAUUCCUCCACGUCUACCACCACACCAUGAUGAGCCUUGUUACGUGGGGCAUCACCAAGUACAUUGCUGGAGGACAGAUUACUCUCAUUGCUGUCUUCAAUUCUUUCGUCCACAUCAUAAUGUAUUUUUACUAUAUGGUAGCUGCUUGCGGGCCCCAAUACCAAAAGUAUUUGUGGUGGAAGAAAUAUAUUACCACCAUACAGUUGCUCCAGUUCGUUUUUACUUUCUUCCAUUCGCUCCAAGUCCUCUUCUACGAUUGCGGUUAUCCAAAGUCAGCAUUAUUUAUAACGAUUCCAAAUAGUCUUCUGUUCUACUUCCUAUUUUCUGAUUUCUAUUUCAAAAAAUACAACAAGAGUAGCAGUUCAAAGCAAAAAUUACUUGCAAGUGAGUCAGAGUCAAGAAUCAAAGCAAAUGGUUUCAAGAAACAUUGAAGAUUUAAUUUUCAAAUCAUCCAUUACUUCAAAGUGAUAUUGAGACUGUGUAUUAAAAGAUGCUGUAGAGUUUCUAAGCUAGGCAAUGUAGUGACUCAGGUUGUCACUAAUUAUAAAUUUGCUAAGCCUUUCUCUAUUUAUAAUUAAACUAUAAACAAUUUUUCAAUUGUACAGUAAAAAGAAAUUCUAAGUAUAAACAGACACUGGACGUAUUUGCAUGUUUAAGAUAUUGAGUAAUUGUGAUAACAAUUGAAUGUUCAGAAUCCAGAAUGUAUGUAGUUGAAGACCGGAAUCUGUAUUUGUAAAUAAAAAAUUAUGUAUUAA